AUGAAUAUACAAGAUAAAUCAUCUUCUAUUCAUAAUGAUCUAUUACAAUCUGAUAAUAAUAAUUAUCCACAAUCAUUUACGUGUUUAAAUGAUGUUUCAUUUGAUUCAAAUAAUUACAUUUAUACUCAACAUCAAGAACAACAACAAUAUUACCCACAAUAUUGUUUUCAUUCAUCAUCAAAUAAUGAUUUUAAUUAUUAUCAACAACAACAACCAACGAAUAUUUUCUAUCCACAAUAUUAUUCAUCAUCGUCAUCAUCGUCAACAUCAUCACGCAUUGAACCAUUAAGUAUUAAUUCAAAUUCUGAUAUAUCAAAUGAAAAUCGAAAAGAUUUAAUAUCUCCAUCAAUAUCAGAAUCAAAUUGUAAAGUUAAAAGUCCAAAUGAAAAUAAUAAACGACCAAGACGUUUACGUACACAUUUUACAUCAAGUCAAUUACAACAUCUUGAAAUGACAUUUACUUAUAAUAUAUAUCCAGAUGUAAAUUUUCGAGAAGAAAUUGCUGCACAAACAGAAUUAACUGAAGCAAAAGUUAAAGUUUGGUUUAAAAAUCGACGAGCAAAAUUUCGAAAGAAACAAAAAGGACACAAUAAUACGUCUUUACCAUUGCCAUUACCAACACAUCCACCACCCCCACUACAACAUUCUUCACCAUCAUCAAUUUGGGACACAACAACAACAACAACAGGAGAAUCUUCUUUAACAACAACUGAUUAUUCAAAUCCACAGACCAAUUAUUAUCAUUAUCCAUGGUGGACAGGAUAG